GCUGGUUUUUCUAGGACCUGGCAACCCGACACUGAUGACUUCCUGCUUGAAAAAGUGAAACAAACUGGAGCGUGUGUACGUUCAAAAAGUGUUAACAGUGUUCUGAGUGACACUGUGAUGAUAUAUUGGACCAAACAAAAAGCGCUUCCACUUGUACUAACGUUACUCUUUAGAAAACAAUGCUUAACGUUACCUUUUUACUGAAACAAACUUCUUCACGGUUACGGUAGGUCUCGGCCCGUUUUGUUCCCGCUUGAUAUUGUUUUGAUUUCCCUGACAACUGAACGACGCCAUCAGUGGAGACAGAGAUGAGCCUGCCAGAGAUAUUCACUGCAGUGAGACUACACCCGCCAAAUUCAGAUUCAAGCAAGACUGUGAAACACAAAUAUGGAGACGCGAAUGGUGUUGCCAGCGGGUCGUUUCGAGAGGCUGAAGAUAUUUACAGGAGUAUAAUUGUGCAAAGAACACGUGAUGGAAGUAGGGCUCUAAGACAAGAAGAGAGACAAGCUCAAAGUAACUCUAUAGUAGAUGAACCAGUAAAGGUUGAUGGCGUUGUUAUGGAUUAUAUUCAAGAAAUUAAAUCUAAGGAACUUGAGAUAAUUAAAAAAAGGAAUGGAGUUAUCAUGAGGCGAGAUGAUAGACGUGUGACCUUUAUGUCUCCGUCUGGCAAGAGCGUUCACGCUCAGUUUGCACGAGAACAGUUUAUAACAUUGUAUCAAAAGAUUGCAACGGGGCUGCAAACCAGGACAUACGAUUACAGUCGAGGAAUUGUUGAGCGUUGCCAAGCAGAAUUUCCAGAACUCCUAAUCACUUGUAAAGAUAAAAGGCGAUUGCAACUGACUGGCAACUUCAUUAGCCUUGAAAGAUUUGAGACAUUUUUGAAUGGGAGUACACAGACAUGUUCACACUACCAAACCCCAAAUAAAACAAAAGUCAAUGACACACCUUACAAGCAACCUGUGAAACAACAGACAUCAGUAGACCAAGCCAAAGAUGAGGCGUGUCCGAUUUGUUUGGAAACACUCAAGAUAUCUGAAUCCACAGUCUUGUCUAAAUGUAAACACAGAUUUUGUAAAGAUUGUUUGGAGAGAGCUUUCCAUGUCAAGCCAACUUGUCCGAUAUGCGGAGAGAUAUACGGCAAUCUUACAGGGACACAACCAAAAGGAGGAACCAUGACUGUCUCAUCGGACAGGUCCUCUCUACCUGGAUAUGAAAAAUAUGGUACAAUCAUAAUUAACUACAAUAUACCAAGUGGAUAUCAGGGGGAUGAACACCCAAACCCAGGCAUGCCGUACCAGGGUGCGUCCCGCAUAGCUUACCUCCCUAACUCAGCAGAGGGCAAUAAGGUACUGAAGCUUCUGCAGAGAGCAUUCGACCAGCGACUCACUUUCACCAUUGGACGCUCAUCUACCACUGGACAGAACAAUGUGGUGACCUGGAAUGACAUUCACCAUAAGACGUCUCGUUAUGGAGGACCAACCUCUUAUGGUUACCCAGAUCCAGACUACCUGAAACGAGUACAAGAUGAACUGAAAGCAAAAGGAAUCGACUAACUACCUUUUAAUCAGUUCAAACACUAUUAUUACAACCAGUAGUCAUAUUAAAACGGACAAGAAUGAAGUAAUAUUCCAGUCUUGUGAUCACUAAUCAAGGUCAAGCACUUUUCUUUCUUUUUUUUUACAGGCAUUCUUAAUGUUUCACACAGUUGAAACUGUGAAGCAGUAUAAGAGAAACAGAGUUAAGGGACAUUCAGUACAUUUUCAUAUUCCACUGCGCUACCUUUCAUAGUUUUUACACAGAGAUGUUUAACCAUUGCUUUAAUGUCUUUUGCAGCAUCACGUGUGUGACAGCAUUUUCAAAAUGCCCCUAAGAAAAUCUAUUAUGAUGUUGUGUAUGCAGUAUAACUUGUUUGUGCUUUUAAAUGAAACCUUAGUUUCAUGUCAAUAUGAUCAAAUCAUAUCAGUUUUACUUUAAAAAUAAUCAUUGCUGUAUUAUAUUGUGAUUAGAUUUUUUUAAAUGGAUGAACAUGUAGUAAAAUUAAGUGUCAUGUAGUGUAUCGAAAGUUAUAGUUCCUCAGCAGCAAAAAACUCUAAUCACACAAAUUUUAGUAACACUAAACCAUUGGUACCAGGCUUUUUAACACUGACUUUUUUUUCCUGGAUCAUUUAUUGUUUACCUUUGUUUUGAUUUUGGUGGAUUGUAGUAUUAAAACUUGGAUGAAAGAUGCAAAAAGUGUACAUGAACUUUAUAUGAACAUUAAUUAAAUUCAAAUGCAAAAAAAUGU